UUUGUAGGGGCUGGCGGGCGUAGCUCCUUACCUGAUAGCCCCUGUCCUUGUUUGCUUUAAUGGGCAUAUGUCACACAGGAGAUGUUGUCACUGUACUUAAAUUGCUUGAGUGUUUUCUCGGGAAAGGGAACACUUUCUGGGAAUGGAAGCCCUUCUUCACCUGUAUAAAGCUCACCACUCUUCCUGUUGGCCGCCUUUUCAAAUAUACUGGGAGCUCUCUGCAGGCACUCUGCAGCGAUGGAAAGCUCGAUGUCUAUCAGACUGCGUUAUGAGGAGCUGCUGUUUUACGCGGCCUGUGUUUCAAACUGCUGGUCUGUGUGUUUGUGUGUUUGCGUGUGUUUGGAAGGCAGAGUGUGUAGGAGAGGAGGCAGCGGUGGUGGCAUGCGUAUGAGCAGCACCUGGAGGUGGCAGCUCUCCCGAGCCAUGCGACUGGGGCUGCGCUGGUGCUGGCUGUGCCGCACACUGAGGGGGGGCCAAGGCGGGGGUACCAAAGCGUGGAUCGGCGGCAGGUUGUUGGAGCUGUGGCGCUACGGCAAGCUCCUGCUCAGGUCCCUGUAUUACAACAGUCUCACCGACUCAGACACUCUGCUGGACUGUGCUUUUGAACCGGUCUAUUGGAUCGUGGACAACGUGACCCACUGGUUUGGAGUGGUGUUUGUGUGUCUUGUCACCUUGCUGACAUCCUCAGUUGUGGUCAUCGUCUACCUGUUUGUCAUACCCACAAUUGUCAGCACGUACCCUGCACACUGGAUUGCGUGGCACCUCUGUUGUGGCCACUGGCUUCUCACUAUGGUGGUCUUCCAUUAUUACAAGGCGACCACCACCUCUCCAGGACACCCACCGAAGGACAAAAGUCAUAUUCCUUCUGUGUCCAUCUGUAAGAAAUGCAUCAUUCCAAAACCACCAAGGACGCACCACUGCAGUAUCUGCAACGUGUGUGUUUUGAAGAUGGACCACCACUGUCCCUGGUUGAAUAACUGCGUGGGCCAUUUCAACCAUCGCUACUUCUUCUCCUUCUGCCUCUACAUGACCAUGGGCUGCAUCUACUGCAGCAUCAGCAGCAGGAACAUGUUUUUGGACGCCUACAACGCUGUAGAGACUUACUAUCAGACCCCUCCUCCGGACUACAGCUUUAGAGAAACCACUGCCCAUAAGAGCGUCCUCUUCCUCUGGGUGCUGACCAGCUCUGUGGCAGUUGCUCUGGGAGGACUCACCCUGUGGCACGCCAUACUUAUCAGUAGAGGUGAAACCAGCAUAGAGCGGCACAUCAACUGCAAAGAAGCCAAAAGAUUAAAGGAGAAGGAAAAGGUGUUCAGAAAUCCGUAUCAUCACGGUAAAAUGAACAACUGGAAGCUACUGUUUGGUGUGGAGAAGAGGAGUCACUGGAUCACACGGGUCCUCUUACCCUCCAGCCAUCUUCCCAACGGAGACGGCAUCAUGUGGGACUGCACCUUCACCAGGAGAGACCCCAUGGCCAUCUGACCUUCAGCCUUUCAUAUCAAUUUUGUACCACAUCAAAAACUUCUAACCUGCAUUUGUGCUACAAGCAGCAUCACUGGCAAGGAAGAAGCAGUGCAUUUACACAGAUCACGAGCCUUUUGCUGUGUCUGUAUUGCCACCGAUAGAAAGGGGGAAACAGAAGCUGCUAGUGUCUCAACUUCGUAGGCCCACCUGUCACUUUUCCACCUGUGAGACUAACCUGUGACUGUAGACUCAUGGAUGCUGCUGGCCAGCGUCUUUGUAAAGCCUCAUUCACCUAGCCUUUAUUGAAGAGAUCAUGAAUAAUUGUGUUUUUCUUACAGGUAUGUGAGAUGGGUGGGGUGUGGCACUAUCAUAUCAGCAGAAAAACCCACAAUGUUUUCUUCAGCUUCCAUUUUGUUUUGUGCGGUUUUUGCAGCAUUUCUCCAUUUGCUGUUUUUUUUUUUUAAGUUGCAGUGCAUUUGACCUUUCAGGGCCACCGUACAAGUCAGCAGAAACAACUUUAAAGUUUCCUCCUAUUUACAGUAAACUUCUACUCUUGGUUCAUGCUGCAGAUGCUCCCCUAAAUCUGACUUGUUAGCUUAUAAAAUAAGUCGUGCCAACGUUAACGUGCUUAUUAUUCAUCAGUGAUAAACGUGCAGAACGUGGCACCGUUAACAGCUGAGACUGUAUUGAUCUCUGGCUCUGAGCCUCAACUUCUUCUUCUUUAAAAGGUCUUUGGAGUUUUAAUUGUGUAGUUUGGCCAGAAUAACUGUCAGCGUGGGCUGAGGGGAUCUAUGAGGAAGCAGAUCAUGAAAGAUGAAAAUUUCUGAUUUAUUUAAGAAGUGUUGGAUUGAAAAAUGUUUUUAAUAUCGACUACUCUACAUGUAAAAAAAAAAAAAAAAAGUCCACUGGUAACAUCAGGGACCACUGGCCAAAGAUGAGUGAAAAGCCAGCUACACAACUCAUUUCCCAGUAACUUACACACUGGUGAAGAAGUGGUUGUGUGCCUUGUUUUUGUUAUUCAGCCUUGAAACGUGUGAAUCAAACACUGUGAAAUAUAACUCCAUCUUUCAGGGUUUUUUUUUUUCCUUUUUCACGUCAGAAAUCAUGAUGGUUGUGUAGGCUCUGCAGUUGCCAUAGAAACAGACAUCCAGCUGUGAUGAUGUUGGGAGCUGUGCUCCGGUUUCAUUUAUCCCACCUUUUUAAAAUAAAACACGGUUUUGAUA